GGAUGUUGUCUUUUCCAGUUUCCCUGCAGGUGGAUAUCGUCCCCAGCCAAGGAGAAAUCAGCGUCGGAGAAUCCAAAUUCUUCUUAUGCCAAGUGGCGGGAGAUGCCAAAGAUAAAGACAUCUCCUGGUUCUCCCCCAACGGAGAGAAGCUCACCCCAAACCAGCAGCGGAUCUCCGUGGUGUGGAACGACGACUCUUCCUCCACGCUCACCAUCUACAAUGCCAACAUUGAUGACGCCGGCAUUUACAAGUGUGUGGUCACUGAUGAGAGCGGCAGUGAGUCAGAGGCCACGGUCAACGUGAAGAUCUUCCAGAAGCUCAUGUUCAAGAAUGCACCAACCCCGCAAGAGUUCAGGGAGGGGGAAGAUGCUGUGAUCGUGUGUGAUGUGGUCAGCUCCCUACCCCCCACCAUCAUCUGGAAGCACAAAGGCCGAGAUGUCAUCCUGACAAAAGAUGUCCGAUUCAUAGUCCUGUCCAACAACUACCUGCAGAUCCGGGACAUCAAGAAAACAGAUGAGGGCACUUAUCGCUGCGAGGGCAGGAUCCUGGCACGGGGGGAGAUCAACUUCAAGGACAUUCAGGUCAUUGUGAACGUGCCGCCCACUGUCCAGGCCAGGCAGAGCAUCGUGAAUGCCACCGCCAACCUCGGCCAGUCCGUCACCCUGGUGUGCGAUGCCAAAGGCUUCCCAGAGCCCACCAUGAGCUGGACAAAGGAUGGGGAACAGAUAGAGAACGAGGGAGACGAGAAGUACGUCUUCAGCGAUGACAGUUCUGAGCUGACCAUCAGGAAGGUGGAUAAGAACGACGAGGCCGAGUACGUGUGCAUUGCCGAGAAUAAGGCUGGAGAGCAGGAUGCAUCCAUCCACCUCAAAGUCUUUGCGAAACCCAAAAUCACUUAUGUAGAGAACCAGACCGCCAUGGAACUAGAAGAACAAGUCACUCUGACCUGUGAAGCCUCAGGAGACCCCAUUCCCACUAUCACCUGGAGGACUUCUACCCGGAACAUCAGCAGCGAAGAAAAGGUAUGAUGUCACCAAGAGUUU